CACCCUAGUUUAAACUGCAGACAAAUCUCAGCCGUCCGUUUUCUGAUACGGCUAUGCAAACAUCUUAGUACGACAAAACCCUUUAAAAACCCCACUUUUUCAUUAUUGUAUCUUGACCAUUCCUCCUACCUCCCUUACCCUUCGCUCUAAUAAAAGAGAAGCCUUUCUUCUUCAUCCUCUCUGUGAAGAAUUUUUUUCCUGGGUUUUUCCUCAUCUGUUUGUACGCUUUUGAAAGAUUGAAGCUUUUGUCGUAGAAUCAAUGGCUCUGUUCCUUCUCCUGCUUUUAGCUCUCUCUGUUGUUGCUGUUGCUCAAGAUGCGUUUAUCGGUGUGAAUAUCGGCACUGAGCUCUCGGACAUGCCGGAUCCAACCCAGGUGGUGGCCCUCCUGAAGGCCCAAAAUAUCCAUCACAUCCGUCUCUAUGAUGCUGACCGCGGCAUGCUCCUCGCCCUCGCCAACAGUGGCAUCCGUGUCACCAUCUCCGUUCCCAACAAUGAGCUCCUCGGUGUCGGCCAGUCCAAUGCCACAGCUGCAAACUGGGUCUCCCGCAAUGUCGCGGCCCACAUCCCCGCCACUAACAUCACUGCCAUUGCCGUUGGUUCCGAGGUCCUCAGCACCCUCCCAAAUGCUGCACGUGUACUUGUCAAUGCUCUCCAAUUCAUACAUUCCGCCCUUGUUGCCUCCAACCUUGACAAGCUUAUCAAAGUCUCCACCCCACUUCCUUCCUCGAUCAUCCUCGACUCCUUCCCACCCUCACAAGCUUUCUUCAACCGUUCGUGGGAUCCCGUCUUAGUGCCCAUGCUCAAAUUCCUACAAUCCACAGAUUCCUACUUCAUGCUCAACGUGUACCCGUACUAUGACUACAUGCAAUCCAAUGGCGCAAUUGCAUUAGAUUACGCUCUCUUCAAACCCCUCACACCUAACAAAGAAGCGGUUGACUCCAACACUCUUUUACACUACACCAAUGUCUUUGAUGCCGUCCUCGAUGCGACCCGCUUUGCGAUGGCCUACUUGAACUACACUAACAUCCCUGUUGUCGUAACUGAAACGGGGUGGCCUGCGAAGGGCGAUGCGUCAGAACCGGAUGCCAAUGUUGACAACGCCAACACAUACAAUAGCAAUUUGAUAAAACACGUGUUGAACAACACUGGUACACCAAAGUAUCCUGGUGUGCCAGUUAGCACAUACAUAUAUGAGCUUUAUAAUGAGGAUUUGAGGCCCGGGUCAGUCUCAGAGAAGAACUGGGGACUGUUUGAUGCAAAUGGAGCGCCGAUUUAUAUAUUGCACUUAACAGAUUCAGGUGUGGUUUUGGCGAACGACACAACAAACCAAACCUACUGCAGGGUGAAGGAGGGGGCAGAUCCAAAGAUGUUGCAGGCAGCACUGGACUGGGCCUGUGGGCCCGGGAAGGUGGAUUGUUCGCCCUUAUUGCAAGGGCAGCCAUGCUAUGAGCCAGAUACAGUGGAGGCCCAUGCAACAUAUGCUUUUGAUACAUAUUAUCACAAGAUGGGGAGGUCUCCCGGGUCAUGCUCGUUCAAUGGCGUAGCUUCAAUCACUACUACGGACCCAAGUCAUAAUUCUUGUAUAUUUCCCGGAAGUGGCGGUAGGAACGGGACCUUUUUUAAUGGAUCGGCACUGGCUCCUUCCUCGAAUCUAGCCUCCUCUAGUCCUCCUCCGCAUUUCCAUGGUGCCAUUAGAACACCCCUGAUUGGCGGGAUUCUACUCUCGAGCAUCAUUUUCUUGUAGGGUGUUUCCUUGCUAUGUUGUGUAAUGGAAAUGAUGGAUGGUCUCUAUUUGACGUUGUACCCAACUGGCGCACCCGAUUUUGUUCUAAGAAAGAAGGUGGGUAGUUUUUUCUUUCUUUUUUUUUUUUUUCCUUUUUUUUUUUUGGAGGGAAGAUGGGAGUCUAGAGAAAUAGAGAGUAUUGAAUUUUUGUACAAAAAAAGGAAUGGUGCAGAACCUGUUGUAUUCUUUGAAGUAGAUAUAUGAUUUAUAUCUACCUUAGAUUAUGAUGAUGGUAUCUAAUGGGUCCA